AUGCGAGCCCAAGCGUUGCUCGAUGAAAAGGAGGCCGUACUCGCCGAGGUUCGAGCUCAGUACGAAACGGCCAUGCGACGAAAGCAGGAUUUGGUUGAUGAUGCUGAUGCCUGUCGACGGCGAAUGGCGACUGCGACGACAUUGAUUGAGGGUCUUUCGGGCGAAAAGAUUCGCUGGACUGAAGAGACACGAACUCUUCGCGAUCAAGUCAAUCGGCUGGUUGGUGAUGUACUCUUGGCAACCGCUUUCCUCUCCUAUUGCGGACCCUUUAAUCAGGACUUCCGGCAUCGUUUGAUCACCUCGUGGUUCCGCGAAUUAGCCACCCGGCACGUUGCACACACCGUCAAUCUGGACCUCAUUAACAUGCUGACAAACGGACCGAUGGUAACCGUGACAGCACUCUCAUUUCUAUAA